AGGCUGCUCGGGGUCGAGCGCGGCCUGACGAUGACGCCUCUGCAGCGCGCCUCGCUCUUCGUCGCGGCGGCGCCGGACGCGGACGCGGCCCUCGACGCCGACGACGGAGGGCCCGCCAGCGCAGCCGCGGCGGAGGCGAGGCCGUGGUGGCCGGGGGUGCUGCAGCGCCUGUGCCGCUACGUGGGCCAGCGGUCCGAGGGCGAGGCAGCGGGCGCCGCGGGGUCCUUCUUCGACACCUGCCCCCUGAGGCCCGCGCGCCCGCGCCCGCGCCGGCGACAGCCAGGACCCGCUCCCCCGCCCGC